UUGAACAUCAACUACGAGAAAGACCGCCUCAAAGACUUUGCAACUGAGAAGUUAAAGAUCGUGACCAACCAUGGCAACCGCUUAUCAAAGUAUAUCAUGUCAGUAUGAGUGUUAAUGGAUACACUCAGUCACGCCACAGUCAGCUUCCUAACACAAGACCGCGCUCAAAACCCACAGAGGUGAAGCACGUUUAAGACAGACACACGCUUUGAGAGCUCACGAAAUCGCUUUUUGGCCGAAGGGGUGAUAACUGCGUGUACUCUAAGGCUGUUUCCUAAACUACAUACAUAGGUCAUGGCCGCCGUCGCGUGGCGAGAAGGAGCCUCACAAACUUCGCAGGAAAUUGCAGUUGUGAAGGGAAGCACAGCACAAAUCGAAUGUGCCGUGUGCGGCGACAAAAGCUCGGGCAAGCAUUAUGGUGUAUACACAUGCGAGGGCUGCAAGAGCUUCUUUAAACGAAGCGUUCGUAGAAAUCUAUCCUACACAUGUCGUGGUUCAAGAUCCUGCCCGAUCGAUCAACAUCAUCGAAACCAAUGCCAGUUUUGUCGACUUAAGAAAUGCCUAAAGGUUGGAAUGCGUCGUGAAGCAGUGCAAAGGGGACGAUUGCCGGCCUCCCAAGUGCCGGCGUUAACUCAGGGACAACCACAGAAUGGUGAGACAAACGGAAACUCGUUCAUAUCUGGUUAUAUUACGCUGCUUUUGCGAGCUGAGCCUUUUUCCACUGGACGCUUCCAACAACCGGGAAUAAAUAUGCCUUAUGGAGUGGUUGGUAUUGAAAAUAUUUGUGAGAUUGCCGCAAGAUUGCUAUUUUCGGCAGUUGAAUGGGCAAGGAACAUUCCCUUGUUUCCAGACCUAGCUGUCACAGAUCAGGUAGCACUACUUCGUUUGACCUGGAGUGAGCUCUUCGUUCUAAACGCUGCCCAAUGUCCAAUGCCGCUGAACAACCCGAGCCUGCUGGCUACGGCUGGGAUGCAUGCAAAUCACAUGAAUUCAGAUCGAAUGGUCUCGUUCAUGGAUAAUAUUAGAGUGUUUACAGAUCAAAUUGAGAAGUUGAGAAAUAUUCACGUGGAUGCUGCCGAGUAUUCUUGUUUGAAAGCGAUUGUAUUGUUCACCUCAGACGCCUCUGGUCUGAGCGAUCCACAAUACAUUGACAGUCUCCAGGAGAAGACUCAAUGCGCUCUGGAAGAGUACACGAAGGCUCAGUACCCGAACCAGCCAACAAGAUUUGGAAAAUUACUUUUACGACUUCCUUCUUUGCGAACGAUAAAUUCUUCGGUCAUAGAACAGCUGUUCUUUGUACGACUAGUUGGAAAGACGCCAAUCGAGACGUUACUUAGAGAUAUGCUGUUUUCGGGAACACCUACAACCUGGCCAUGAAAUUGAUGCGGAAAAAAUAUGCCAAAAGCGACGAAGUUAUGGAUACAAAGCAUAGAGGAUGAUGUUAUUCAUCGCUUGAUACAGUGUACUUUAGCCUGGAUGAGGAUUUCUAGUUUAGUUUUACAACGACAGCAGGAAACUUUCUGUGAUUUUUAGACGGAGAACAUCUGAAGAUUUAGUUUAAAAGAUUAUGUGGAGUAGACCUAGAUCAUAUGAAGACCUGGAACGAAGAGGACUAUCCUAGAUGAAAAUGUAGUUAUGAAUCACUUCAUAGGAAAUAUCCAGAAGUUUUAUCGUGAAUAAUCUGGGGAGUCGUGGAGUUCGUGCGGUCGGGAAACAUGAGUUUGCAGAUGGAUGGAGCAAUUUCUUGUAACUUUGGAGGAAAGCAUCGCUCUCUAAGAAAUACAGCGGUUUCUGUUCUGGUAUUUUCGUAGAAAUAUGUUAAAAUUAAGACGAACUUAGAUUAGUUUUUCACGUGCGUCGACGCGCCAUUGGAUUGGCAAGAUAACCUCACAGAGUGUCAACAGUGUUUUCGAUUUUGGGCAUGCAGAUUCAAGAGAAACGCCAAAUUCGACCCAAAUUCAUUGCCGUCUGGUUCUGCUUAAAGCAAUUAAAUCCCGUGUGCAAGGCUAUAGCAAUGAUAUCUUACUACAAAUUGCAAUGACUGCAAAUUACAAUUCAUUUCUGAAUGAAUAGUUUUGUCUGUGUUUACCAUUUUCAUAUGCUGUCAUGAAAAUAGCAAUGAUAAACACGGGCCAUAAAUUCAUUCCAGUCUGACGAACAAUAAUACGCGACAAAUUGAAAGCACUCUGAGACUCUGCCAAGACAAGUCUAAAGACAAAGUUCAACUGAUAUAUUUCUGCGUGUACUUGCGAACGUCUUUAGUCUAACGAGCUAGAAUUUUCCCAAAACUUUAUAUAUAUGUACCCAGAGACAUUAAAACUAUAUAUUCUUUUAUAGAAGUAUCGUAUCAAAAACGGAUUAUAAAUCUGGCUGAGCAGGACAAGUUAAACAAGUUCAGUCGCUGUUUUUGAAAAGCAUUUUAUAAAAUAUUUUGUGUAAUUUUGUUAUCAAGCUAAAAGCUGGAAUAUUUCUGUGUUUUUUAACGUAUUUUUUUAUGUGUGUAUUAGACUAGGUCAUCGAUGUUUAACAUCAAAAUUUUGC